AUGAAGGCAACCACUGCUUCCGUCUUGCUGGCCCUGUCGAGCACCGUCAAUGGCCGCCCUACAGUCGAUAAUCGCUUCCCCUACAAGGGUCCCGCGGUUCCUGUAGGUGACUGGGUCGAUCCCACAAUCAACGGCAAUGGCAAAGGUUUCACCCGACUCGUGGAGCCUCCCGCCGUCAAGCCUGCAUCGUCGCACCCGACGAACAAUGUUAAUGUGAUCUCGCUGUCGUAUAUCCCCGAUGGUAUUCACAUUCACUACCAGACACCCUUUGGACUGGGACAAUCGCCCGCGGUGAAAUGGGGCACUAGCCCACACCACUUGGUCCACGUCGCGCGAGGGUUUUCCCACACCUACGACCGUACUCCCUCCUGCUCGCAGAUGAAGGCUGUCACGCAGUGUAGUCAGUUCUUUCACGAGGUUUCUCUACCUCAUUUGGAGUCUGGUAAGACCUACUACUACCAGAUCCCCGCCGCAAAUGGUACAACCGAGUCCGAGGUCUUGAGCUUCACAACCGCCCGGAAGGCCGGUGACCCCACCGAGUUCUCAGUGGCCGUUUUGAACGAUAUGGGCUACACCAACGCGCAGGGUACCCACAAGUACCUCACCAAGGCUGCCAGCGAGGCCGCCUUUGCCUGGCACGGCGGUGAUAUCAGUUACGCAGAUGACUGGUCUUCUGGUAUCAUGGCCUGUGAGGAUUCCUGGCCUGUCUGCUACAACGGCCCUAACACCUCGCUACCCGGUGGUGUGAUCACCUCGGAAUACAAGAAGCCUCUUCCUCAGGGAGAAAUUCCUAACCAAGGGGGUCCCCAGGGUGGCGACAUGAGUGUCAUUUACGAGUCCAACUGGGAUCUCUGGCAGCAGUGGAUGGGCAACAUCACGAAGAAGAUUCCUUACAUGGUUCUUCCCGGUAACCAUGAGGCGGCCUGUGCUGAAUUUGAUGGUCCCCAUAACGUCCUCUCGGCCUAUCUGGAUCACAACGAGCCAAACAGCACCUGGACGAAGAAUGACCUCAACUACUAUAGCUGCCCUCCUUCCCAGCGAAACUUCACGGCUUUCCAGCACCGCUUCCGCAUGCCCGGCUCCGAGAGCGGUGGUGUGACCAACUUCUGGUACUCCUUCGACUAUGGCCUCGCCCACUUCGUCUCCAUGGACGGCGAAACCGACUACGCUAAUAGCCCCGAGUGGUCCUUCGCCGAAGAUCUCACCGGCGACGAGACCUUCCCCACCGAGUCCGAGACAUUCCUCACCGACAGUGGCCCCUUUGGAGCUGUCGACGGCAGCGUCAAGGACACCAAGGCCUAUGAGCAGUACAAGUGGUUGAAGAAGGACCUCUCCAGCGUCGACCGCACCAAGACGCCCUGGGUAAUUGUCAUGAGUCACCGCCCCAUGUACAGCUCCGCGUACUCGGCCUAUCAGAAGAAUAUCCGGGAAGCAUUUGAAGCGCUUUUCCUCCAGUAUGGCGUUGAUGCUUACCUCUCCGGUCAUAUCCACUGGUAUGAGCGCUUGUGGCCGCUUGGUGCGAACGGCACGAUCGAUACCGCUUCAGUGCUGAACAAGAAUACUUACCGGGUCAACCCUGGUCAGUCCAUGACUCAUAUUGUUAAUGGUAUGGCGGGGAACAUUGAGAGUCAUAGUGAAUUUAGUGCUGGUCAGGGCCUCACGAAUAUCACUGCGGUUCUUAAUACCAAGGAGUAUGGUUUCAGCAAGCUUACGGUUGCUAAUGCUACUGCUCUGAAGUGGGAGUACAUUAAGGGCAGUGAUGGCUCGGCUGGGGAUACACUUUGGUUGGUUAAGCCUGAGGCUGCUGGUUUCCCCGGUCAUGGAAAGAGCCCUUUUGCAAAGAAGCCUCGCUACUAG